UCUUUUGUGCGCGCUUGCAGCAGCCGUGCGCUACUGCCAUUUCACACGUUGUAGGGUUAUGUCGCUCCAAAACAAGCUCUCGAGUUUUCUUGUCAAUUCCAUAUACGAUCAUACUAGUUUGAUAAGUUUGCCACGAAGGCAUAUGUGCUCAAGUAAUCAAUGAUUUUGUAACAAAAAUACCAUGUUGAAGUUGGUGCUUUUUACUUCGUGCUAAGAAGAACUCUAACUUCAUGCUUCAAAGCAAAAAGCAAGAUUAUGCAACAUGUGGAUUACUCCUAGUCAUCAGGUGUGUUUUGUCGUGUACGUGAUACAGAGCUCCAAUGAUUCCACAUUUCAUAGAUGAUUUUAUUUAAUUUAUUUGGUCGAUUGGAGACUUUACUCCACCAACAUGGGACAGUCACACAGCCUCCACUCUGGUACUAAGUCUAGGAGACCUAGUUUAAAGCAAUUAACGUUUGCUGGAAUUGGAAGAAAAAGAUUCCAUUAUUCUAAAAAUCUUUCUCAUACUUUUUCUAUCCCGGAUGAUACACUCAAGCCACAAUUAUUAAAUUUAAAUACUGCAACUGAAGAAGAAUUAAUGACAUUACCCGGAAUAAAUCGUAACUUAGCAAACAAUAUUGUUAAUCAUCGAAGAAUAAUUGGCAGAUUUCACAGAGUAGAAGAUUUGGCUCUAGUAUCUGGAAUUGGUGCUGAAAAAUUAGAGAGUAUUAAGAUGGAAGUUUAUGUUUCAUCAACAAACGAUUCAGGUGCUUCUUCUCGCGCUUCAACGAGUUUAGAUUCAGUAGCUAAUAAUCUAAAUCAAGUAGACGUCAAUUCUGCUAGUAUAUUUGAACUUCAAGGUGUACCAGGAAUAGAUCAGGAAUUGGCUGCAAGAAUUGUAGAAAAAAGAUUAAAAUAUGGACGUUUUGGCACUUUAGACGAACUUGCAAAACUGCGAGGAAUGGGAAAGUAUCGUUUAGCUAUGAUAAGACCUUACCUCAAGAUAAGCAGUAUUUUAAAUGGGUCAGUCGUGCGUACCUACAGUAAUGGGAGUCCCUCAUCCUCUUGGAACAUUCCUCAAGCUUCUAGUACUCCACGCGUCAAUAGCGUAGGAAGAAAGAUCACUCGUUUCAAUCGUGAUAGAGUUACACCUCCUAGAAUGCCACGUAUAGAUGACUAUGAAAAAAAUGUAGAGUUCAGUCCGGGAAUAUCAGAGGAAGAAAUUUGGGAGUUAUUGAGUAUUGCUAGUCCACGACCCUGUAUUGAAUAUAAUUUUGAUGAAUCUUUAGACAGAACAUCAAUAAGGCUGGCUUCUUGGAACUUAAAUGGAUUCAAUAGUGAUAAAGCUAGCAAUCCUGGUGUGAUGGAAGUUGUCUGUAGAACAAUUUUAGAAAAUAGACUUUCUCUAUUGGCUCUCCAAGAAGUUAAGAGUUUAGAAGCUCUAGAUAAAUUAACUCGAGAAUUAAACUUACCAACAUUGAAACGUGUUCGAGACUGGCGAGGAAAUAAAAGACAAUGGCGGUCAAUACAUUUAGGUGCUGGUCUUGCCGUUUUAUGGGAUUCUAGCCCAGAUUUAUGUAUCAGUCUCAGAGAGCAACCUCCCGCUACACGAGUCUUUCUUCCAGUUCUUGCUUCUAUUAUCUUUCAUAUUAACAAAUUAGACGUUACUCUUAUAAAUGUUCAAAUGCAUGACCCAGAAGAUAAUAACAUCAUUGAACGUUUUGUCGAUGCAAAAAAUUCCAUUUUUUUGGGCGACUUUUCCCUUUCUGACGAAUCCUCGAAUAUUUACAACGACGUACUCUCUGAGACUAAUACUGCGUUUGAUCCUGAAAAAUAUAUUUUCAAAGAUAAAAUAAUUUGGGGGAAGGGUUCGAAGAAAUUAUUUAAUACAGGAUUAUAUCGAAUAGUAAGGCAAGGUCUUACACAUUUAGGUAUUCCACAAGGAUGGCGUUGGGGAGGUCCUGCAAGUACUCACUGUCCAAUUUGGUGUGAAAUUUUUACAGAACCAAGUGAUCCUUGAUACUCAAAACCUUUUAAAUUAUUCCAACAGUUCAGCUUUAACAUUAAGUGUGCAGUUUUCACUUCCAUUGUGCCAAUAAAAUUGGCACAACUGUUUUCCAUCUUAGAUGUGAUAUAUUGUGAAUAAUAAUAAUAAUAAUAAUAAUAAUAAUAACAAUAAUAAUAAUUUAUUAAUUUUAUUUAUCUAAAACUUCGACGAUUGAAAUUUAUUAGUCAAAAAAAUUGUGUUUUCCAUGGCCUCGGAGUGAUUAAAGUGUGUCAUUUGUUAAUAUAAUGACAAAAGAAAAAAAAACGAAAAUUAUAAUAGCAUCCUUUUUUUUAAAGGAUCAAGACUGAUUAUUCCAGUUAUUGUAAUAACCAUCACUAUGCGAUGCUGGCAUAUCGCGUUGUGAUUAAUUGUACUAUACUGUAAAAUAUAUGGAGUUAUUUUCGUA